AUGGAGAUGGUUGGCGGAAUGACGCUGAAGGUGCUGGUGGAUGCGAUGCUCGCGAAUCCGGAUGGUUACUACGGGUCGUUCGCGACGCCUGCUUUUGAGUUGGGUGCGGCGCGGGGGCAGUUUCAGUCGGACCCGCUUCCGCCGCUGAAGGACAAGAAGGGCGGGAAGGAUGGAGGGAAGAAUGGUGGCGGGAAGGAUGGCGGGAAGAAUGGCGGAGGCAAGACUGAUGGCAAUCGGUUCGGCACUCUUGUCGGUGCGGUCGCAGCGCGAGUCAACGGCUCUAAUGUUGACCUCAGCGCUGACGUCAACGCCACAGGCUGCAUUGACCUCGCCAUCUUUCUAAACGCCACGACUAACGACUAUGACAUUUAUUAUCACGCCCGCGUGAGUCUCAAUGACUCCGGAGAGCCGACUGGUGUCGUCAUCAAGAAGGGCGCUGACGUGGCACUCACCGUGACCACCAGCGACGCCAAGUGGACCAAUCGCACGCUCUCAAACGCCGAGCGCGCCAAGCUGGGCGACAAACUGACUCCCAAGGGCAGGAAGGGCAAGCAGCCGCCUCCCCCCCCCCCCCCUCCCCUCGGUUACAACUACGAAACCACCGGCACUUGGCUAAGCACCAGUACUGUGACUGCGGAUAACGGGCAGACAUACAAGGAGCUAGCGGACGCCAUGUUGGCUGCUCCUGACGCUUACUCUGCUCUCAUCUACACCAAGGCGUUUGAGAACGGUGCAGCGAGCGGCGCUUUCGCGAAUGUCACCAAGGCUGGUGGUGAACGGUCCGGCAAAUUGGGAGUCAAAUUGGGGAUUGAAGCCAGACUCGGACUUGCCUGA